UUGACGCAAUAAACACUCAUAAAACUGAUUCUGUCAAGUGAAAACCCGUAGAUCUGAUACCAAAAUCUCCUAAUUUGGGUAAGGUGCAGGAAGUUUCAGGUUAAUCUGUGGGUUUUGUAGUUCACUAAGACUGCAUUUUUUAAGCGACGGUUUGGUCAAAGUGACUGAAGAUGGCAGCAGUGGAUGAUCAAACUACUCCUGUUCUUGACAAAACAACUUGCGGUUCCCUAUUACAAAAGCUGCAGCAAAUUUGGGAUGAGGUUGGUGAAACUGAUGAUGAGCGGGACAAGAUGCUUCUUCAGAUAGAUCAAGAGUGUCUGGAUGUCUACAAGAGAAAGGUUGACCACGCUGUGAAGUCACGGUCUCACCUUCUUCAGGCAUUGGCAGAUGCCAAAGUGGAACUCUCCAGGCUGCUAUCGGCCCUUGGAGAGAAGACAUAUGUUGGAAUUCCUGAGAAGACUUCAGGUACAAUCAAGGAACAGCUUGCAGCUAUAGCACCAACACUGGAAAAACUGUGGAAGCAGAAAGACGAUAGGAUAAAAGAGUUCUUUGAUGUGCAAUCACAAAUUCAGAAGAUAAGCAGUGAGAUUGUAGGGACUAGCGAGCAAGUUGAGAGUCUUACAGUGGACGAAUCUGACUUAUCUGUAAAAAAAUUGGAUGAGUUUAAUGCGCAGCUUCAAGAGCUCCAAAAGGAGAAGAGUGACAGAUUGCACAAGGUCCUUGAUCUUGUGAGUACCGUGCAUGACCUUUGUGCUGUUCUUGGCAUGGACUUCUUCAGUACUGUCACAGAAGUUCACCCAAGCCUGGAUGAUUCUACUGGUGUACAAUCAAAAAGUAUUAGCAAUGAUACAUUGUCAAAUCUGGCUAACACCGUCUUGGUACUACAGGAAGAUAAGAAACAGCGAUUACUUAAGCUUCAAGAAUUAGCUACUCAGCUAAUUGAUUUAUGGAAUUUGAUGGAUACCCCAGAAGAAGAAAGGAGCGUGUUUGACCAUGUUACCUGCAACAUAUCAGCUUCAGUAGAUGAAGUGGCCAUUCCAGGGGCUCUUGCUCUUGAUCUGAUUGAACAGGCUGAAGUGGAAGUUGAAAGGCUUGAUCAACUUAAGGCUAGCAAGAUGAAGGAGAUUUCUUUCAAAAGACAGGCUGAACUGGAAGACAUUUAUGCACGUGCCCAUGUAGAGAUUGAUACUGAGGCUGCUCGAGAAAAAAUUAUGGCACUGAUCGAUUCUGGGAAUGUUGAUCCUGCAGAGUUACUAGCUGACAUGGACAAUCAGAUCGUAAAUGCAAAAGAAGAGGCUCAUAGCAGGAAAGAAAUAUUGGAUAAAGUUGAGAAAUGGAUGGCAGCUUGUGAAGAAGAGAGUUGGCUUGAAGACUACAACAGGGAUCAUAACCGGUAUAAUGCAAGCAGAGGUGCACACUUAAAUUUGAAGAGGGCUGAAAAGGCUCGGAUAUUGGUCAGCAAAAUUCCAGCUCUUGUGGAGUCCUUGGUUGCAAAAACUAGAGCAUGGGAACAAGAGCGGGACACCACAUUCACUUAUGAUGGCGUUCCACUACUUGCCAUGCUAGACGAAUAUAUGAUGCUCAGGCACGAUAGAGAAGAAGAGAAAAGAAGGCUGAGGGACCAAAAGAAGUUCCAAGAGCAGAUGAGCAAAGAUCCAGAAGUAUUUGGAUCCACGCCAAGUCCUGCUCGACCACUUGGUCCAAAGAAGGUAACAGGCCCACGAGCAAAUGGCAGCGCCAAUGGGCCGACCAGCAGAAGAUUGUCUCUUAAUUCCCACCAAAACGGUUCCAGGUCAACUAAUAAAGAUGGGAAGACCAGACCUAUUGCUCCUUUGAAUUAUGUUGCCAUGACCAAAGAUGAUGCAGCCUCUCACAUUUCUGGAACCGAGCCUAAUCCAAGCACACCAUAGUAGUAACCGCUGAAAAAGAGAUGUGUACUCAUAUACCAUUGUGAUGUCUUCUGUUGUUCAUUACUAGUCUAGUUCAUGUAGUAGGAUAAAUACGUGGACAGUGAUUGAUCAGAGAGUAGAGACCUAAUAGUUUGUGCUAUAUUGGUUAAUAUUAGAAAUUUACUCGAAAUAUUGGCUCCUAUUCUGAAAAACGGAAGUUCAAUAACCAAAAUGUAGUGAUGCAAUGUCUGAUCAUCGUCUA